AUGGUUCUCUACAAACGAAAGCCGGUGACAAUGACGCCGGUACCUGCCAAAGUCGACAACAAUACCGAGGUCUGGGUCAUGCCCAAGUCGGGAGAAGUCUUUACAGACUACGAAUCCUAUCUCUCACGCUUCGAGUUCUGCAACCGAAAAAAGUUCACAGAUGCCGUCAAUGGCAAGUCCGGUCUGACCUUCUUCGCCGCUAUCGACUCAGAGAACAACAGCUCCAGCGACAUUGACAAGAUAUUCCCCGACGCCCUCCGCGAUCCCAUUCUGAGAAAGGUCCAAUUCUCCGACAUCUCUCGCAUAGAUGAGCUGGUCUCUUUCGUCUACGACGAAUUCCGCAAUGACUACUUUCCCGGCGAGGAAGUAGGCGUCACCCUCGACAGCGGCGAGGUGUACGAGGGCGUGAUCCGCGAGAAGGCCAAGUUCCCUCAACUACUUAACCCCGAUGGCUCCAUCCAGCGCGAAGCCUUUUCUCGUUACUUUGUCAAGCUCAACAACGAACAAGGCGACGAAGCACUUCUGGACGGCAAGUGCAUCAAGAGAAGCCGCAGACUCUUCACCAAGCAAAAUCUGAGAUCCUUCCUUAAGAGUUCGAUACAGCGAGACAUGUUCACUGGUGCACCGUGGCUGGUCAAGGAGCAUCUCGCAAGACAAUACAGACUGCCCAUGGAGAUCCCUCCCCACCUCGCCCAACGCAUGCAAGCCUCACCCCAGCCCGGCAUGCCUCGCCAACCACAUGGCACAUCAAUCUUCAACAAGGUCAACGGCCGUAAAGGAAAGAAUCUCACUGUUGGAGACUUUGAGGCAGACGGUUCGCCGCAAGGAUACACGACCCCACCUCUCAAUGGCUCCAAGUUUCCUGGAUACCAAACCGCAGCCAUCAAGGCAGAGCCGCAAAAAGCUGUCCCUCCACCCAUCAAGUACCCUAUCGAUGAUCUGGACGUCCCAGCAAGAAAGACCGAUAUUGUUCGUCCUGAUCUGAAGUUCAUCACAUCGCAAAGCCCAGCCGAGGGCGAACUCAAGAUGGAUUAUGUCGGUCCUUUACUGGAGAUCUGGAAUACGCUCAACGUACAUUCUGAGGUACUUUCACUAGAUGCCUUCACAUUUGACGACUUUGUGGAGGCGAUGAAAUUCACCUCGGAUGAUGUGACCUGCGAGCUACUCGAAGAAGCACAUUGCGCAGUGCUGAAGACGAUUGUCAACGACGAAGGCACUCUCCAAGUCACUCUCCCGGACAUGAUUGAAGACGAGUCUUCAGACGAAGAGAUGGACGAGAGCGAGCCAGCCACCCCUAUUAUGGACGCACCUGCACACGCAACUAGAAGCCGCAUGAGCAACAUUAGUAACGUUGAGCCGGAAGAGUCAAAUGGCAGAUCCAGCAGAACACCCGCAGAAGGCCGCCAUCGCCCGCAUCGCACAGCUGAACUACUGGCAUCUUAUAGCUGGGUGGAUCGACUCAAGGCUCGUGACUUUGCCCAUGGAGGCUGGCAAACAAUCAUGGCAGGUUUGCUCCAUCAGCUCUCGUUAAACCCUCGUCAAAAGUCUGAAUGCGACAAGGUAUUAUCCAAGCUCGUGCCACUUGAAGAAGAUCCCAGCCAGGAGAGUGUUCGGAUCAACUAUAUUCGACUAGACAUUAAUCUUCGCAUCUCUGCGUUGCAGCUAAUCACCCUGCUUUGUGUCAGCACAAAAGCCGUAAGGAAAUACCUCGAGGAGAUGAGCGAGGAACAGACCAGAAUUCGCAAGGAAAAGCUCGAGCAUCAAAAAGCGAAGAAGGAGUUCGUCGCAAAGCUCAACGACCUCGAAACACAGAAGAAGAUUCUGUUGCCCGACAACCUCCCGGAUUCGCCCAAAGAGGAGCAAGCUGAUCCUAUGGACAUUAGCAUGAGCCAUGUCGAUGAUACCAUGGAUACUGUGGACCUCGCGACAUCAGACAUGGACGAAGAAGGUGGCCGUUCCCUCCGACGUGGCAACGAGCGAAAGCGUAAGCGUGACGAAGACACUGCUCGACGCGAGAAGCUGCGCGAGGAGAAGAGAGCAAAGACCAACCCGAAGCAGUCCAAGGAGUUUACUAAACUACUGAAAGACAUUGACAAGCUCAAGGUCGACAUUUCGAAACGCGAGAAGGAGAUUGCCAUUUGCGACGAUGAUCUCCGUGAGGCUAACUGUCAGCGCACCAAGGUACUUGGAAGAGAUAGAUUCUGGAAUCGCUACUAUUGGUUUGAGCGCAACGGUAUGCCUUUCACUGGCCUUACCGAUGGCAGCACCGGUGAAUAUGGGUACGCCAAUGGGCGCAUCUGGGUCCAAGGCCCCGAUGAGAUGGAGCGCUUGGGCUUCAUCGAUCUGCCCGAAGAUCUGCAACGCACCUACAUCCAAGACCACGGAAUCUCUGUUCCUGAUCGCAAGACCAAAGAAGAAGGCUCUACCAGCCUACGAACCGCCAACGAGUGGGGCUACUACGACGAGCCCGAGACUAUCAUUUUACUGCUAAGCUGGUUCGACGAUCGUGGAGUCAGAGAGAAGGCACUGCGCAAGGAGAUGACUGCUUGGCAAGAGCCAAUCACCGACCAGAUGCGCACGCUCAAGACGCAUCUCGACAGCAUCAACCAAGACGAUGUAGAUGAUGAACCCGUCACACGUGUGUCAACCAGAAAGAAGACAUACGUCGACGUCGAGGCAUCCAGUCAGCGCUGCCUCAGGUGGAGAAACCUGACAGCUAUCGAGAAGCAUGGUCAUCUGCAUUCUGAACAGCCGAAGCCCAAGGAGAAGAAGGGCAAGAAGGAAGCGAAGGGCGUCGCCAAAGUUGUCGCAAAGGGAAAGCCUACAACCAGACAGGGAACUAAGUAUGGCAAAUAG